UCAAAAUCGAGCCAACAACAAUUUUCAUCUUGUUUCAAACUUUCAAUAUUCAGUACUUCAAACAUAGUAGGAAGUUCAUUUAGUUUCAAAUGUCAAUCACCAAAAUCACUCUUCUCAUGAUGAUUUUCCUUAUAUUUCAUGCAUGCAAUGCUCGUUCGCUUGGUGUCCUGAACAAGAAUGAACAGAAUAAACCAAAUGUUGCUAGGGUUUCCAGUACUCCAACGGAUGUAAAAGCAAAACCCUCAUCAGCAGUGCCAAAUAGUAAUAAUAUCAAGGAAAAUGAAAAAGAUGACCAUCAUCAUUAUGGAGUUUCAGUUACUUGGAAGGUUCAUCAACAGAAAAGGGAAGAUCCACCACCAGAGUUUAACUUGGAUUAUUUACCAGCAAGAACACACCCUCCUGUUCACAAUUAGCUACUAAUUAAGAUCGAGGAUGAUUUAAUUUUCUGAUCGAGUUUCAUCUAACACGCGCAUGAUGAAAUUUGGAGCGAAAUUUUACGAAGAAAAUUAACCAGUUGAGUAUUACAUUAACUUUGAGCCCAAUCUGAUGUUGCUGGGCUCUUAAUUAUACAUUUUGAUGGCUGAACUCUUAUAUAACUAUUUCAUAUUAGAGUAUGUACGUACCACUGAAUGAGAUAUAUAACUGGA